CUAUUCGAUAUUCAACUAUCAGAUUUAUAUUUGUAAUGCUUGCUGUUUCCUCUCCCUCCGUGCGUUUUAAAAUGGUGCUUUUCCAUUAGUAAAUUCUUCCGAAUGCACGCGGCUCCCUAAGCUCGAUUUUGAUCAAAUCAACAAUCUCACCUCAGAUAAACAUUGCGUUGUAUUCUGUCUUAAUGCUCUUUGUUGCGUUUUGCGCCUUUGGUGAAAAAAAAAAAAAAAAAAAAAAAAAAAACUUAAGAAAGUGUUCUUCGCUUAUUUGCUCGAGCCUGCUUGUCCAAAUACUUGAAGACAUGUAUGUACGUUUCACAGUGGAGACGCUCGCUAGAUGUAGCUAGCAGGCUGGUUUGUUAGCUGCAUCCGCCUCCUUUCACCUCGGCCCGUGUUUUACUCUACGCUACUUUCCCGCCGUACGCACUGGUGGCUUGAAUGGAACGUACGGCGACAUUUUUACGUAACUGGAAAAGCUAAUCUCGGAGCACUUGGCGUAAGCUUACAGUUGUAGCGAUAAAUAGCUCACAGUAGCUAGAGUGGAUGCAAUUGAUUUUUGAUGUCAUUAAACGGGGUUUUGCACACUCCGCUGCUCAUUGAACAUAUACAACGACCAUGUUCACAUGUUUAUAGAUGCGUAAGAGGUAAUAUUUGAAAUAAAACAUGUAUGAAGGGCUAGUUUUGUUGUCGUAUGGUAGCAUCUGAGAAACUACGCAAUGAGAUAUUUGAAGGAGUUCAGGACCGAGCAGUGCCCACUGUUUUUGCAGCACAAAUGCACACAGCACAGACCCUUUACGUGUUUCCACUGGCAUUUUCUAAACCAGCGAAGACGGAGACCCGUCCGGAGACGAGACGGGACUUUUAACUAUAGCCCCGAUGUAUAUUGCACGAAGUAUGACGAAACAACAGGAAUAUGCUCUGAUGGAGACGAUUGCCCUUACUUACACCGGACCACCGGUGACACAGAGCGCAAGUACCAUUUACGCUACUACAAGACUGGCACCUGCAUCCAUGAGACAGACGCUCGUGGACACUGUGUGAAAAACGGCCUCCACUGCGCCUUUGCUCAUGGACCACACGACCUACGGCCACCAGUUUAUGACAUAAGAGAGAUCCAGGCACAAGAAGCUCUACAGAACGGCCAGUUAGGAUCUGGGGAGGGAAUUCCCGAUCUGCAGCCAGGAGUGCUGGCCAGCCAAGCCAUGAUUGAGAAGACCCUGAAUGAGGACCCCCGCUGGCAAGACACCAAUUUUGUUUUGGCCAACUAUAAAACAGAGCAGUGUACCAAGCCUCCACGUCUGUGCAGGCAGGGCUAUGCGUGUCCUCACUAUCACAAUAGCAGAGAUAGGAGAAGAAAUCCCAGAAAGUUCAAAUACAGGUCGACACCAUGUCCGAGUGUAAAACAUGGCGAUGAAUGGGGCGAACCCUCAAAGUGUGAGAGCGGGGACAGCUGUCAGUACUGCCACUCUCGCACUGAACAGCAGUUCCACCCAGAGAUAUACAAAUCUACUAAAUGCAAUGACAUGAGGCAAACUGGAUACUGUCCAAGGGGGCCAUUCUGUGCUUUUGCACAUGUGGAAAGAAUUCCUUCCACAGAAGAGACCAUGAGUACGUUGCUCACAGCGAUGCAGUCGGGUCACUCCAGUCUGGGCUCUCAGCAAUACCCAGAGUGUCCAGUCAACGAGUGGAGCAACACGAAUUCCAUCACCUGCAGUGCUAAUAACAACUGCCAGACAGGAAAUGUGUCAUGCUCUAAUAGUCCAACUGUAACACCAAGCUCAGGAAGCAACAGUUCUUUGUCCCCAAUUGGACCCAUCGGCAGGCCAAAAUGCUUUACUAAUGGUAGCUUAUGUUCAGAGUCCACUACGUCCAGUGUUUCAUCUCCGACAUCUAACUAUCCCAAAGCUCCGGGUUUUGAACGGGAGGAUCAGGCAAAGAACCAGAAGAGCCAGUCUGGGGAAAAUAAUCAAAAGUUAAUGGAUCAAGACAAACAGCUGUCUUUUGAACAGCUGUCGGUUUGUUGUCUGGACAGCUGGAGUUGCACUGACUGCUCCCUGCUGACUGCAACUCGCAAAAACUUGAAGGCUCACAGCUGUGUGUUCUCUGUGGUAAACCCACUAGCAUCCAGCAUAACAUCAAGCAUUACAUCCAGCUUGGCCUCCAGUAUUGGAUCUGACAGCUCAUCACCCACCACUUUAUCAACCAUGAAUGCAAAAGCCACACCUUUCUAUCCAGGCAGCAAUACCGUGGAGUCAGUAAUAGGAUCUGCACUUGACUUAAAUUUUAGUGACAUCAACGUUGCCUCCCUCGACAAAGAGCUAGAGGACCGAGACAACAAUGGCCUUGGUUUAACAAGUCAGAGGCUAUUAGGAGGCUCUGCUCCUGUCAAUAUUCCUGGCUCUCUGGCUCGGUCUUCCUCUCUGCAUUCCUCAUCCUCUCUCUCCGCCUCCCCGCUUGGCUCUCUGUCUCAUUCCCUGUCCCAGUCUCUCCUCACUGGAAUGACCUCCCAGCAGAGCCAGCCACAGGCGCUGCAUGUUAAAACAGAGCAUGGCCUUCUAGGAACGCCCACGUCUACGCAGAACUCCUUAGGUCUGAAUGGUGGAGCAGGGGGUAUAUGGGACUUCAUGAGUGGCAGCUUCUCUCCCAGCCCAUCUCCAGUGUUCAGCAGCCUUUCUUCCAGCACGGUCGGCUCCAGCAGUGCAGACAUCGGCCGACUCUUCCGAGAACUGGAUGAGGCCAAGCGCAAGAUAAAGCAAUGGGAGGAUGCCUGGCACCAAGUUAAACAGGCCUGUGAAGCGUGGCAAAAAGAUGCUCACAAUGCGAAAGAACAAGUGAAAUCAGCGGAGGCGGAGCGACAGCUGGUGGAACAGAAGCGGGAGGACACCGAGCGAAGGCUGAAGGAACUGCAGGUAGACUUUGAUGUUUUGUGUCGCUCCCCCAAUAAGCCUCUUCUGCGCAGCUACGGAGAGCUGGACCAGCUCCCCCUGCCAAAGCUCCGAUCCAUUCAGAGCCAGCUGCGCUCUGACCUAGACGUAAUAGACGGGGUAAUAUAUCAGCUUCAGUCAAAGAAAUGUGUAGUUUGCCAAAAGCAUGAUCGUUCCAUUGUCCUGCAGCCUUGCCAACAUUAUGUACUUUGUCAGAACUGUGCGUCUGGUAAAACGGAAUGUCCUUACUGUAAGACAAAAAUAUUGAAGUGGUGAUGUACAGCAAUUCGAGGUACUUCUUUCAUGAUCUAGCCCUUUGAAGAACUACUAAUACAUAUUAUGCUUACUGUUUCUAAAUAGCAUUUUUUUGUGUUUCAGUGUUUCAUAUAGUGAUUAAAUUGAUUAGUUUUAUUAGAAUCUAAUAAGUGGUGUUUGACUGAUAAAAAUCAAAUACUUAAAUGCAAUACCUGUUUUGUACAAGCUAGAUUUCAUUUUCAUAAAGCAUUAAACAGUUUGCCCUUGGUUACCACUGAUUUGACUGUUAGCGACAAAAACAUCGGUCAGACAUCAUAUUUGCUACUAGCUGUGUGAAGAGAAUUAAUUUCUUGUUAAAAGCACUUUGUUGACUUGGGAAAAAUGUUAGAAAUUUUUGCUUUAAGCUGCUUUGUAGCUUUUUGGUUAUUUUUAUUUUCUUAGAUUUAUAUUUUGCCCAAAUACGCUAAAGUAUGAAGCUUUUGUGUGUACUGUGAAACCUUAUAGAAUAUUUCAUUUUUCUUACUGUUAAAUCAUGGUAUAGUGUAUAUAUCUUGUUAGUUUUCAUAUAAAAUAGUACUAAAUAGUUACUUUCAUUGUUACUUAAAUUUUUCAAUCAAAUAAGUGCAAACUUUAAAUGCAUUUUAGGCAUAACCAGCAGAUGUAAUAUCAGUAAGGCACAUACUGUACGCUAAAGCAUUUAGUAAAUCAGUUUUUCUGUCUUAUAACAACUAUUUAGAUAUACAUUGUUAGAUGAGCACAUGUGUUCUGAAGUCCUCAGUAAUAGUAUAUAUUUUUUUUUUGGUUUGUUUUUUUGGACUUUAGCCUUUCAGAUAUUUUAGAAGAUAUCUGAUUCCAGGCCACUCCCUCUUAAGUGCCUUGCCUUAAAAAUAUUAGAAGCAUCUUUGAGGAGCUUAGGAUUGUAGUACAAAACCAUAAGUGUAGUCGUUGCUUGUGCAAAUUGUGUAUUUUUCGGUAGUGCCGUACGACGUACAUACAUUAUUGGAGCAUAUAUUGGCCCAAUUUAAUACUGAAGUAUUUCCCAGAGAUUUCAUCUAUGUCAGUGCCUGAGCCCUGACAUUCAGCUAAAGUAUCGUUCCCUCUUUCAUCAUAAACAAUGGUGCUUUUUGGGUGCAGCUUCAUUAUCCUUAGAAAUGUUGAAUCAUCCUUAAUUUAAAUGCGUAGGGAUAUUCAGAUCAGGAAAUAUAUGUAUUUCUUUGAUUGCAAAACUAAACUGGCUUAGUAAAUUUGUAUUUUUUAUUUUAUUUUUUUUUAUGUUUAGCAUUGUAGUGCUCUGUAGUGUUUACAGACAGAAAUCGUCAGUGUUUUUUUUUCGUAUCCAAAUUCGACAGUGUAAUGUGCUUAGGUAAUUUAAUUGAAAUGACCUGCUACUGUGUUAUCUGAAAACAUUGUAUCCUUUUUUUCUUGUUCCUUUCAUAUUUACAGCAAUAAGUUUGUGCAGUAAAUGGUCAGGUACAACAAGGUGCAAGUUUUAUUUUGUUUCUUUUAAAAUUGGGAUAAACAGUUUAUUUCAAAAGGUAUGGUUAUUGAGGAUCUACUUGUCCAGACCCUCGUAUUUAAUUUCAGCUUCACGAGAAACGGACAGUGUGUAUAUUAUUUCUCUCUGUUUCUUGUGUUCGUAUCUAAAUCAGCAAGGUCUGUAUGUAGCUCAUGUUCUUGAGAUUUGGAAUGAUUUGUCAUAAAAAAGCUGCAUGUGUCAGUGUGUACAUUUUGGUAACCAGCUGAAGCUCUAGAUUACACUGCCACAUGUGUUUGUGUUGAGCAGACCUACCCAGUUGUUGGUCAGGCAUCACAGUCGAAAGCUCUAAGUAUUCAAAAAUAUUUUUGUACAGUGCUUCAAAUGCACUGACUACGUGCUUAUCUUUUCUAGUACGAUUAGCGAAGCCGUGUUCUUUGUUUUUUCUUGUUUCUUUUUUCUUUUGUACGAUUGUUGAUGUAGAUAGGUUGUAAACAUUUUUACCAGAUCAAAGUAGCUCUGGGUACUGGGAUGUUUCCAACACACAAGUGUUCAAGAGCUUUGCGGAUAUGUCGCUUUGUUGAGGGAUUAAUUCCACUUGUUUGGUUGUUGGACCAUAACGUAGAGUUUUGUUUAACUAAAAAAUGGGUUUGAAAUGUUCGGGACCUCAUAUAUCAUAUAUUUCUGAAACAAAGAGUGCGUAAAUCAAAUGUGGACUUUACUCAAACCAAAGUGGUAUUGUAGUUUAUAUUUGUUUCAGAGCUCAAAUGAAGUGGUGUACAAUUAGUAUGUCAGUUUUUCAAUGUUUAAUUUGACAGGACAACUAUGCCAACUGCUUCUGCUGACAAUAUUAAUGGACUGAGAGCCCAUUUUUGUAGUUUUUACCAAAGACCUUUACUGUUUUUCUUUUUUCUUUCUUCUCAACUUUAUAGCUGCAUUUUUAUUUUAGCAUUCUGAGGAAAUGGUUAGAAAUAGAAAAAUGACCAGAUCUAGUACUUAUUUACAUAAUAUGUGCAUUAAAAAAAUCAUAAAGGAAUCAUAAUCUUUUUUUUAUUCAGUGAAAAUUAUAACAUUACUAUUGAAUUGGUUGUAAUCUACAGUGAAGGAAUGUCCUAGUAAUGAAUGAAUAUUUGUGUUAAUAUUCUUAAAUGACCAUAUGGAUUAGUGCUUAUUUGAAUGAGAUAUUAUUUCUUUUUAUAUUAUUAGUACUUAAUCAUACAAUUCUCAAAUUAGUGGUUGUGCACUACAUGUAUGCUGUCAGGAAUUUAAAAGAGUAUAAUUGGACCGUAAAGUGAUUUCUUUAGUUUCAAUUUGACUGUUUAUUUUGCUGUAUGUUUAUUUGUGAUUCUUCAGCAUUUUGAGAGAAAAUAAGAAAUCUUCUAACUUAUUAUUAUUAUUUUUUUUUUUACCUUGAAGUGAAGUCUAUUGUUGUAUUGUCAAAUGUUGUCUACUAUUUCUUUGUAGAACACAUAUUUGAUUGUGAUGUAAAAUGAGUCCCUUGCUUGUGCUAGUUGAAAUGGCUGAAACAGACAGUGGGUCACAUUUAUGAAAACUGUUUAAAAAAAAAAAAUCGAAUUCCGUAGCCUUAAACCACACUUUAUUUGGCCUAGUUAAGUAAAAAAAAAAAAAAUCAUUUUUAAAAUAUAAGCUUGCCAGACACUUGAACAGUCAUGCUGCUCGUUAAUAUUAUUGUUCAUUUUUGAAAGGAUCAAGUCUUUUUGGAACAAAUUUGUGCCUUUAUUAAAACACAUUGAAAGUAUUUUAAUUGAACAAGUGGGUAAUUUGAGCUUACAACUUCGAAGAGUCGAAUUUUAGUGCCUUGGGACAUUUUAACCUGCAUUUCUCAAUGCACGAGAAUCUUGCCACAGAUUUCUACAGACUUUACCAGUGUAUUAAAAUAAUACCUAAUUACUUUGACAUGCCUUUGAGUAACUUUUGGCUUUGAGUAAUAUAAAAGUGAUUUAAUAAAUAUAAUUAUCUUGAAAAACAACAUUAGGAUGAUGCAUUACAUAUUAAAACUGUCAGUUAUGAGCAACACUUAAGAUGUUAUGCAAUUGUAUUCUCUACCAAGGACGUUAAAAGUAGCAGCUCAUUGAACAGAUUGUGAAGUAUGACUAAAUUACAGCAGAAUAAUUAUUAAUAAUUUCGGGCUUCCAAUUAAUUUUCUGUUAUAUUAUUGGUUUUCUGAAAAGUGAUUUUUAGUACCAUAAACAUCUGUAUUAAUGGCAAACAGCAAAUUUUUGUGUAAUCUCUUAGUCACAUGAAUCACAGCAGAUACCAGAGGUACAUUUAUACAGUUUCCCACCUAAAACACCUCUGUCUGCAUCAGCCAAUAUCAACUAUAAUCAUCAACACAAAUGACCAUUCAGUUUCAAUGUAUUGUGGUUUAUGAAAGACCAGGUAUCUGCAAUUAAAGAAGCACUGAGGACAGUGUCUUUUUGUUUAACAAUUUGUAAAUGAACUGUAUUGGAAAUUUACCAUAAUGCUCUGCAGUGGAAAUAAUCAUCCUUUUAUUCUUUAUUUCGAAUUCUUGUGGAUUUUCUUUUUUUUUUUAUUUGUUUGUUUUUCUAAUUUUGUUAUCUAUCAGUAGUGUGAUUUAUUGAACCUAAGGAUUUAUGCAAUCUUGUGUAUAUACAUAUUACAUAUGUAACUGGUUAAAUUUAUCAAACUAGCCAGGGAAAUUACCUAUUACAACAGUAAACUUUUAUAAGAGGCUAAAACAAGUAAUUAAAAAAAAAAAAAGAAGAAGAAGAAGAAGAAAGCCAGAACUUUGGAACCACUGUUCCCUAUAUUUAAUGUUACAGUUAAUCGAACAUAAAUCCCUGAAUAUUGAAUGUACCAUUCAAAAUAGAUAUAAAAUGGGUCACUGGAAUAACAUGGAGGACAGUUAAUUGAUAAUGAUGUAGCACUAGUUUUGUGAAUUGCGAUACAUUACAAAUAAAUUUAUAAGUUAAACACAAUUGCAGUUUUCAAGUUUGUGUAUUUAUUAUCGUAACAAUUUGAUGGAAAUAUGAGAUGUAUUUUUUCUCAGGGUUUUAUAGGAGAACUAGAAUAGAAAGAGAUGUCCAAUUUUCAAAGGAAACUGCACCUCUGAGAAGUCAAAAUGAGGAAAACAUUUAUAUUAUGAGAGAAACAUAUCCCUUAUUUUGGUACAGUAUGCAUCAAUAUAAAGAACUGCUUGUAUUCUAAUUAGUGUUGAAAUACUAUACAAUUUGCUGUCAAUAUAGUACUUUGUGUAUGUGUGGUCAACAGAAGACCUUAAAACAUUUACUGGGAGUUAUGUGUUUAAGUUAUAUAGGCUUCUUUAUGGAACAGUUGUGCGUUUUGAUGGCGUGAAAGGCCAGAGAGGUUUUUCUUUACUUAAGAUGAUAUUAUUUAUAAUGCAUAAUCUUUUUCUUGUAGUGCAUCAUUUAAAAUUGUUAACACUUGUCUACACUACAGCAGUUAUGCAAUGGUUUACAGAAUUCAUGGAAUUAUUUUUAUCAUCUUGGGAAUUAAAUAAUGUUUGAUCUUUAACCUGA